UGAGCUCCUGAGUGCAGUGUCGCGCUUCUCUCUUCUGAAUUGUUAGAUUGCUGUGGAUUGUUUUCCUCGGGACAUUCACAACAAGGUUAAAAUACAAAACACAUCUCAUGACACCAAUUCAAAGCGUUUGGGGUUUAUCAGGGGGGACCCGGAGCAUUCAUUUCCCCACCCAUUUAACUCCUCAUCCGUUGUUUAUAUGUUGAAGAACUGAAGAAUAGAUUCAGCUCAGGGGAAAAAGCGUUUGUUGAUGCUGCAUUGUUGUGAUUUGCGAUGUAUUGCUGGUUCGCAGCCUCUUCGGCUGAAAUAUAGAUGCAUGAAUCGUUUUCGAGUCGUAUUUUUGCCGAUCCGUUUAGUUUUCCACAGCUGAUCGUUCAAUCAACACAACAGCGUUAGCUGGCCUGGACAAAAUGAGCAGAAAACAGCAUCAUUUUAAAGGAGCAGAGGUCAGCUGCUGUGUUAAAUACUUCUUAUUCGGAUUCAACAUCAUAUUUUGGUUGCUGGGAGCUGCAUUCCUGGGUAUUGGACUUUGGGCCUGGGCAGAAAAGGCAAUGCUGUCAAACAUUUCCUCCAUCACAGAUCUGGGCGGUUUCGACCCUGUCUGGCUCUUCAUUGUUGUAGGAGGGGUGAUGUUCAUCCUCGGAUUUGCCGGAUGCAUCGGUGCACUCCGGGAGAACACGUUCCUGCUCAAAUUUUUUUCAGUGUUUUUGGGCCUCAUCUUUUUCCUGGAGCUCACAGCUGGUAUUUUAGCCUUUGUGUUUAAAGAUUGGAUUAAAGACCAGCUGAACUUCUUCAUCAACAACAAUGUUAAAGCGUAUCGGGAUGACAUUGACCUCCAGAACCUCAUUGACUUUGCUCAAGAAUAUUGGUCGUGCUGUGGUGCUCAUGGGCCGAAUGACUGGAACCUGAACAUCUAUUUCAACUGCACCGACUUCAACCCCAGCCGGGAAAGGUGUGGUGUUCCCUUCUCCUGUUGCGUCAAAGACCCUGCUGAGGAUGUCCUGAAUACACAAUGUGGCUAUGAUGUGCGGCUUCAAGGGGAGUUGGAUCAGCAGAAGUACAUUUAUACAAAGGGCUGCGUGGGGCAGUUUGAAAAGUGGCUUCAGGACAAUCUGAUCGUUGUUGCUGGGAUUUUUGUGGGGAUCGCAUUAUUACAGAUUUUUGGCAUAUGUCUGGCUCAGAACCUGGUGAGCGACAUCAGAGCGGUCAAAGCCAACUGGUGACCCACUGCAGCGAGCGACAGGUGACAGUGACCUCUGAUUAUUGCAGAGAGCUAGUUGCAAAUCAGCACUGUUUACACACCACUGAGCUGGGAAAUUCCGCCCUUUUAACCCCACAGACAUUGUAUGUUAGCUGACUUUACAAAACAGACUGCCCAUGAUUUUUUUCUUUUUUGUCAUUUCUUAUCUGAAAACAAGCUCUUACGGAGACUAUCCUGAAGGAGCUUAACGUGAGAUGUCACAUCAAGAUCAAGCUAUCUGCGAUCUCGCAGCUGUCUCUUGAUCGAACGCUAUUUUCGUUUGCCCUUAUUAAAACGUUCGCCAGACUCUCCUCCGUGAUGUCAAGUGGAGGGUGUUUUCAUUAACCUGUGGAUGACUUUCUUAUAGAGAAACACACAAAUCAACCACUGGGACUGGGACAGAGGAGCCAUGAACUAAACAAAGCCUUACAGCGGUGCAUUUAACUAUACACUUGUGUGGCUUUUUACACAAUGUUCUGUCUGUCAGUCAUUCGAGCCGACGGACGCUAGGACUCUUACCUCUGAUUGGCCCUCUGUUGCACAGGGCGGCCAAUUAGAAUGACGUACUUGAUCAUUACACAUAAUGCAUUUAUUUUUGUGAGUUCUACCACUACUGUUGGGGAGGAGGUGGAAAAACGUUCUGUUAUUUGUCUGUAUAGCUAUGUUUUAUUAAUUUUCUCGUUUUUUUUGGUUCUCUGUGAGUAUAAAUCGACUUAACCGCUUUCCCAGACUUGCUUAUGAAUCUUUGUUUUCGCUAGAUAGUGAUAUGCUGUAGUGACACUAAUAAUGUAUUAUUAUAAAUAUGAUGCUGCUUUAACUCAUAGAAGAUAUACAUUGCUAUACUAACCAACUGAACUUUUUAUAGAAAUCACACGGUAUACAUUCCCUCUGGGAAAUGCUUCAGAUCACGCAGAGUGCGCUGCGAAUGAAUCUGAUGUGAGUGCACAUGAGGUGGACAGUGUGUAUGAUCACAUGCCUUAUUGAGCCCUAUAGAGAUGGUGGCAGAAGCUGACAGUUACACAGCACAUGGACCUUUAGGAAGGCUUUUUUUUACUGUUCAGUCUCUCUUGCUCGCACCAUAUGCAUGCAGUCAUCUAUUACAGAAAUGCAUGGCAAUGCAGACCUUUUUAAACACAUGCACACACAUGCGUGUGUGAAUGUGUGUCCGUUCCAUUAUGAAUACCAUACCAGUGUGUUUUCACCUAGCUGUGUUAGUACACCUGUGUACACCUAGUAUGUGUCUGCAUCGAGUCACAACCUUAACGCUAAUAAUGUGCAAAGUGAGAUAAAUGAUGUGCUGCCGACUGCGUAUGUAGAACGUGCUCGGAUGGUUUCAGCAGUGGAGUGUCAUGUCAGCCAGACUGAUCUGAUUGAUCCAUUUAAAAAGCUUUGCUCUGUUUCAAGGGUCUGUGUAACCCUGUGUUAUCAGAGCAAAUAUGUAAAAUGUGAGAUUUCUCUUCUGUGGUCUUUUUGAGAGAUAUAUAGUGUAUAUAAAAGGCAAAUCUUUUAUGCAAAUGCAAGAUUACAUGCUGAAGAUAAUGUUUAUCCUCCUUUUUGUGCACACAAAUCGAUGACUCAUGAAAAGCUAUCAAGAACAUGUCCAGGUUGCAUUUCAGUAUCAUGAAUAAAAGAAAAAAUGGGAAAAUAUAUUGCUUAAAGAAAGUGAAGCACAUUUACUCCCAAAUUCUCAUUAACAUAAUAAAAAAGAUAUAUAUAUAUAUAACGAUAUAUUAUUUAAUUUAUAAAAUAUUUAUACAUAUGAUGAUAUUUUGUUGUAUUUAAAAGUAAAAUCUUUGAAUUACUGUAAUACAGAAAGAAAUUAAUGAAUCCAAAUAAAGAGAAUUAAAAUAAUUUUAGUAUUAUGGAAGCCUGUUUCCGCCAUGAAUAAAAAGUAAAAAAGGUAAUUGCGACUUUAUCUCACAUUUCUGACUUUUUACUAUAUCAGCAAUUGUGACUUUAUAAUACACAAUUGCAAGUUAAGUCAGAAUUGUGAGAUAGAAACUCGCAAUUCUGAGAACAUACCAGUUUUUUUUUCCCCCUCAAAACUGGACUUUAAAACUCACAAUUGCAAGAAAAAAGUCAGAAUUGCAAGAUACAAACUUACAAUUACAAGAAAAAGUCAAAAUAGUGAGUUUUUAUCUUUAUCUAGUUUCUAUUGCAAUUCUGAGAAAAAAGUCAGAAUUGCAAGGUGCAAAGUCACAAUUGCAAGAAAAGUCAAAAUUGUGAAUUGUGACUUUAUUACUCACAAUUCUUACUUUAUAUUUCACAGUUCUGACUUUAUUUCUCAGAAAUACAAGUUUAUUUCUGAGAAUUGUGAGUUUAUAUCUCACAGUUCUGACUUUAUAACACACAGUUCUGAGUUUAAAUCACAAUUCUGAAAAAAUAAAGUCAGAAUUGCGAGAAAAAAGUAAAAAUUGUGAAUUCUGACUUUAUUUUUCGCAGUUGUACGUUUUUAUCACACAAUUCUGAUUAAAAAAUGUCGGAAUUGUGACUGUAUCUUAAAAUUCUGACUUUAUAUCGCACAAUUCUGACUUUAUUUCUCAGAAAUACGAGUUUAUUUCUGAGAAUUGUGAGUUUAUGUCUCACAGUUCUGACUUUAUAACACAAAGUUAUGAGUUUAAAUCACAAUUCUGAGAAAAAAAGUCAGAAUUGCUAGAUACAAAGUCACCAUUGCCAAAAAAAGUAACAAUUGUGAAUUCUGACUUUAUUUCUCACAGUUGUACGUUUAUAUCACACAAUUCUGAGAAAAAAUGUUGGAAUUGUGACUGUAUCUUAAAAUUCUGACUUUAUUACUCGCAAUUCUUACUUUGUAUCUAACAAUUCUGACUUUAUUUCUCAAUAAUAUGAGUUUAUUCCUGAGAAAUGUGAGUUCAUAUCUCACAAUUCUGACUUUAUAACACACAGUUAUGAGUUUAAGUCACAAUUCAGAGAAAAAAAAGUCAGAAUUGCGAGAUAAAAAGGCGCAAUUAUCUUUUUUUUUUUUUUUUUUUUUUUUUUUUUAAUUCAGUGGCUGAAAUGGGCUUUCAUACAAUAUGGUGAUGAGAAUUUAGGGUGAAAGCAUUUUUAAACUUUAACUUAAUAGCUUCAUUUUCUUAAUGCAAAAUAACACAUGUUCUGAGGUGAACUGCAACCCGGUCAGGCUUUUGUGAGAUUCACCCAAAAUAUGUUGUUUAUUAUCUCUCUCCCUCUCGUUUUCUUCAUGCAAUGGCCUUUCCUGUCUUUUCUCUCUUUUUUUUUUUCUAAACAAAGAACUCUAACAUUCCCUUUUGAGGGAGCCUCUUGCAUAUCAUGAAUGUAAAGAUCAUCUCUUUCUAAUGUUAUGUCAUAUAUAACUUACCCUGCAAAGUGCAAUGCACAAACAUGUGAAUAAAAGUAAUGUUUGUCUGACUUGUAGGCACACAGCUGAAAAACAUGGCAAAUCUGUGUUCGUGUAGUGAAUUAGACGUGCAUGCGUUGGCAAAAUUUUUUUAUGAAGUGCAUUUUGCAUUUCAGCAGUUUUUCUGUGCUGGUUCGUCAGAAACAGUUUUGAUGAUUGGUGUUAAAACCAUUGAGCCUUUUUGCUGGCCUUUCUCUGUACCAGCUGUGGUAGUUUGUACAUUACAGUCAUUUGAAAUGUUUGCUAAUCUUUAAGCACAGUUUUAUCAGAGAAGCUGGAGUUUUUGUCGACCAAACAGUUUGUGCGUGGAUGGUAAACAUUUUGCGAUUGUGAAUGGAUAUCAGAAUAGUUACUUUUUCACCAACGUAAUUCUUGACAUCACACUUGUCACUUUUAUGCGCUUUGAAAUAUGAAUUGCGUAAGCCUUCAAGAUUAUUGUUUUUUUUUUUGUUUUGUUUACAUUCCCAUACUAAUUUUUAAAGUGUCUUCAUAGAAAUGUUUGGAUUCUACCUCAUCAUGGAGAAAUGACUUUAAACGUGGUUCUCUGGGGAGUCAUAACUCUAAUGCAACUGUUGUGAAUGUUUUUGGAACAGUUGCAAAAAACAUUUUGAACCCGACUUUAAGUAUCUUCGACAAAUAAUGGUAGCAGGUCUUCUCUCACAGUCUCAGCUUUUCUUGCUUUUUAUUCAAAUGAUCAUCAAAUGAUGGAAUGCAAAAAACAUUGUGGAUUUGUUAUUUGAAUGGUGAGAGUGACACUUGUUUUUCUUUUUAGACAUGUUGUUUAAACUUAUCCAGUCCCAGUAUGGGCAGCACUAUUUCAGGACUCUGCAAACAAAUAGUUCUCAGCUGUAAUCAGAUGUCCUUUAACUAGUUUAUUGACUUAUCUUAUAAUUUCAUAUUAGCAUAGCUCAAAAUACCCUUUUAAACUGGAUAAUGGAUAUUGCACUUGGACGUAAAGCAUUUCCUGAGUUCUCCGUUAUAUGAGUCAAUGAUUGUACUAACCUAUAAUAACACUCGUACUUAAUGUGGGAUUUUCACUCUCUAUAAAAAGAAAUCUGUAGGAAAUUAGGAUCGUAUUUGAAAACAUCCUAGCAAUGCCACUAUUUUGCAGUAGUUUUGGUUUAUUUGAUGUUAUUUUGUUUUGUAAUUCUUGUCCAAAGGUUCAUUUAUUGGUGGCAUCCACAAAUGGACUUUCCUUGUGGGAGAUGGUCUGUUACACUGUAUACUAUGAUACAAGAUAUGCUUUUUCUUUUUCAUAAUAAAAAGAUUUAUGACAUUCUGA